UGCAACUCUAUUUUUACUCUACCAGCCUCUGCCUUCUCUCUUCUUUAGUAGUUACACACAUAUACGAUCUAGACCUUGCUUUUCUCAAUUUCGCACCCAUAAAGUUUUUCGAGUCCAAUCCGUUCAAAAUUUGCAGUUUUUGAAAGAUUCUUGAGAAUAGUUUUGCCUUCUGGUCGUUACAACAGGUUCCAGUUUUGGAAGUUCUAACCAGUUUUUCCAGACAGUUUUUUUUUGAGUUCACUAUCUAAGUUUGCCUUUAAGACAGAUUUUGGAUUCUGGGUAUUGGUUAAAAUCCAAGUUUUUAGAUUCAUUCCAAUCUUCAUUUUGUGACUAAAUUUUUUGGGGGUUGGUGGAGGCUUAAUAUUUGAUCAUAAGAAAGUUGAGUUUCAAAGGAAAAUGAUUCUGUUCUCCAAUGGGCGCAACCUGUGGAAUUUGCGCUUGAUUUUUGGUGUAGAGAACUUGGUAGAUUGAGAUAAUGGGAGGGGCUUCAUUGCCUCCGGGAUUUCGUUUUCAUCCAACUGAUGAGGAAUUGGUAGGGUAUUACCUGCAAAGGAAAGCUCAAGGGCUUGAAAUUGAGCUUGAAGUGAUCCCCGUGAUCGAUUUGUACAAAUUUGAUCCAUGGGAAUUGCCAGAGAAGUCAUUCCUGCCGAAACGGGAUAUGGAGUGGUUCUUUUUCUGUCCCAGGGACCGUAAGUAUCCAAAUGGUUCAAGAACAAACAGGGCCACUAAAUCUGGCUACUGGAAGGCUACUGGAAAAGACCGUAAAGUUGUCUGUAAAUCUGCCGUGACUGGGUAUAGAAAGACCCUAGUUUUCUAUCGCGGACGGGCUCCUUUAGGAGAUAGGACUGACUGGGUAAUGCAUGAGUAUCGCCUUUGCGAUGAUAUUUCUCAAGGAUCACCCAAUCUUAAGGGAGCCUUUGCUUUGUGCCAUGUUGUUAAAAAGAACGAGCAAGGUCUGAAGAUAAGCGAUUCUCAAGGAGAGCCUAAAGCCAAACAGGUCGGCAGUAGCUCGAGCAAUGUGGAUUUCACCUCAGCUGUAAUCUCGAACGAGCCUUCGAACAUCUCAUUUGACAUGUCUUCUCAAGCAAGUUACCUGUAUAACAAUGAGAGUCGAUAUUCGAGUCCUAUCACUUCUCCUUAUCAAGUCGCACCAAUGUCAGAAUUUGAGCCAGCUGCUUCAAUGGAGAGUUAUCCUUCAAGCCAUUGGAUCUCACCUGAUCUAAUUCUUGAUUCCUCAAAGGACUAUUCACAAGUACAUGAAACUGCAGCUCAAUACCUUCCACAGUACGAGUAUCCAAUCUCCAUGAAUACUUGGCAGCCAGACAGACAUAGAGAAUUCUCGCCAGGUUCAUCAUACUUGAAUUUCACAGGAGAAAUUGAACCUCCUGAUGAUCUCAGUCACAUUGGCUUCAUGUCACCUUACUCAGGACAUGGAAACUACUUGGGUUUUGGUGGAAAUGAUGACGUGCACUAUCAAGGAUUUGAGCCCAGGAACCAAGCUCCAAUCUGCAAGCAAGCAAGUGGAGAUGGUAGUUUGGGGGAAUAUGGCGGUCUUUGGUCGCAAGAAGACAAUAUGGUGAUUGUGAUCUAGGGGUCUACCCUGAGCAGAACAAUCAAGUAGGGGGUCUCCAAGACAACGCCUUUUAAUGUUUGUUCUUGGAAGGGAAAUAAAGAAUAAAUCCCUUUCCUAUUAUGUUAAAAUGAGAUGUGUUUGGUAUGUCAUCUUUUUUUAGUAGUUAAAUGUUAUCUCAGUUUUUGUUUAUUUAGUAAGGUUGUACCAGCCCAUGGCGGUAAUCACUUUCAUAGAUUUCACCAUUAGUUGGUUAAUUUCAACUUGAAUUGUCUGUCUCUGUGGCUUUAAGAAAUAAAAUAAGCUUCUUUCAUGGAAGAAGCUUCAUUAGAUGCUUUAAGCAUUCAAAA